AUGGCCAACUCAGGUCUCCAGUUGUUGGGUUACUUCCUGGCGUUGGGCGGCUGGAUCGGCAUCAUCUCCACAACCGCCUUACCCCAGUGGAAGCAGUCGUCGUAUGCUGGCGAUGCCAUCAUCACGGCUGUGGGUCUGUACGAAGGGCUGUGGAUGAGCUGUGCCUCGCAGAGUACAGGACAGGUGCAAUGCAAGAUCUUUGACUCCAUGCUCUCGCUGGACAUCCACAUCCAGACAUGUCGGGCCCUUAUGGUGGUGUCAGUACUGCUGGGCUUUAUCGGCAUCAUAGUCAGUGUGGUGGGCAUGAAGUGCACUAAGGUGGGAGAUAACAACCCAGCCACCAAGACUCGGAUCGCUGUGACCGGAGGAGCUCUCUUCCUGCUUGCAGGUUUAUGUACCCUAGUGUCUGUGUCCUGGUAUGCCACUCAGGUGUCCUAUCAGUUCUUCAAUCCAAAUACACCGCCCAAUGCCAGGUAUGAGUUCGGCUCGGCCCUGUUCGUGGGUUGGGCGGCGGCCAGUCUAACGGUACUGGGCGGCUCCUUGCUGUGCUGCUCCUGCUCCAAAGAUGACAUGCGAGGACAGCAAUAUUACCGCCAAUCACAGCCUUCCACAGCCAGGGAACCAAAUGUUAAAAGUACCCCACCAGAGAAAAGGGAGCAGUACUUGUAGUUUUGGAGAGUCUUCUGGCCUUACCAUGGUUUAGAUUCUGUCAACAGACAAAACCCUCUCACUGAGGAAUUCAAAACAGACAAACAGACACCACUAGAGAAUUUAUGCAGCCACCUUUCAAGUUUAUUGCAGCAACAUAAAUUAGAGGAUUUGUUGAAGUAAAACAAAUUGUUUUGGGAGGUUUAAAUGAAAUAGUUGUUUUGGGGAUUGAGUAAGAGGAUAUCCUUGUCUGUUUUGC